UUCUUCCCUCUCACUUUUAACUCAUAUCUCAAUUCAGUUCAUAAAAAAGAAGGCACUAUAAUGGACAACAAAGAGAGGGAAGCCAGAGAGAAAUUAGGAGGAGAAGUGAAGCUUGGCCAUUGCUUGGAUGUUAUUUUGAAGAAUGCUGACGUAGCACUGCACUAUCCUUCCUUCGUUAAGCUUUAUGACCAACUUGUUGCUGGGAUCCUCCUGAACAAGGGAGCUAUAAAGUACAUCUUUGAUAAGAAGUUAAACAGCCAUUGGUACUUUAUAUUUGCAAGAGCUCUCUCAAUCGCCUGGAUUGAAGAUAAAAGAUACUGGAAAUGGGGAUCCUGUGGCAACAGCAAUGUUGCAGAACUUAUUCAAGUGUCUUGGCUGGACAUUCGUGGAAAGAUCAAGGAGUUUAUGCUCUCACCAAAUAUUGUUUAUGUAGUAGCACUUGAGGUACAACUAAAUAGUGGAGCCUCCGGAUGGAAUCUUCCUAUGAACAUCGAAUUGAAGAAGCCAGAUGGGAGCAAGAUAGAGCGCCAGGAAUGCCUGUUGGGGAAGCCAAAAAACCAGUGGUUUGAGAUUGUUAUUGAGUUCAAGGUAGAUAACCCUGGUUGUGGAAGUAGUGGCGAGAUCGAGUUUGGCUUUUAUGAACAUGGAGGGCAUUGGAAGAGUGGGCUGCUCGUGAAAGGUGUUCGGAUUGGAGCAAAGGGAUGUGGUUGCUCAUGAUCAAAAUCCUCUCUCUCAAACUCAGAUUACACUUAUUUUGAUUUUGAGAGACGAGAGUUUGUGUUAUAAUCAAAUAUGUCUCUCAAACUCAGAUUACACUUAUUUUGAUUUUGAGAGACGAGAGUUUGUGUUAUAAUCAAAUAUGAAAAGAAUGUACUAGUGUCAAAAGAUAAAUAAUAGACUUUUUGUUUACCGG